AUGUUGGUGAUUCAAGUUACAAUUGCUUUCAGGUCUGUGAUCGAAAAGUUGUUGGAAAAGGGACAAUUAAUCAAAGAAGGACAGGCGUGCGAUCGCAUCUACAUCCUCAAGAGCGGGACAGUGAGCCGAACUAAGAGGCUCAAGACAAACAGUCAAACGCUCCAAUUGCGAACCAACUCCUCUCAUCACCUUCACGACGGAGCAAGGGAAGCGUUGAUGGACUUGGGCGACCUGCAGUCAGGAGCAGUGGUGGGCCUUGUUUCAACGCUCCUGUCGAGCGAAGAAAGGUUCUCUGUGGCUGAAUUCUUUGUCUUUGACCCGGGUGAUGCAGCUGUUGAAUCUGUCUCUGUCUCUGAGAAUGAUUUCUUUCUCGACAUGCAGAUGAAAGAGUCAUGUAUGAAUGUUGUCAAGUGGGCCGACGAUGCAAUCGGAAUGGGCUUGACUCAAGACCAAAUCACUCCGAUCGAGCAUGCAAGGUCCUUCGGCAACUACAAGGAAAUCAGACAAUCCGUAUCGUCUCUGCUGCUGGAUGUAGAAACUUAUCUACAUAACCUGGAGGCAACCAACACCUACUGCAAGCAGGACGACACGUCCGAGUCGGUCUGCUGUAGCAUCGCACAACUGAGAGGAGUUUUGAACUCCUUCCUCUCGUCCAUCUUUGCCAUCAGCCCUGCCAUCCUACUCUUCAUCAACAAUCUACACUCGCACGUUGUCAACAUACGCAAGAUGUGCUCCAGAAAUCAGUUCCUUCAUCACUUUCUCGGGAGCAUCGAGUUGGAGCAUUGCCGGUCGCUGGAGCAUGAGAUGUCACGGGUCGUUGGGAUGUGGAAGAAAGUUCUCGAAGCGAGCAGGCGACUUACGAGCGAUGAGAGCGGAGAGCAAGACAAGGCGAAGAAACAAGAUUUCAUCGUCAUCUUCCAGAGAUUCGUUGCAGAAUGUCUGGAAGACUGUGAAACUGCAGAGAGACUGAUCGGCAUUUACGACAAGACAGCCAAAGAGACCGGUAACAUGCUCCUCCUCGCUCUCACUCCCAAGUCCUUUCUCUGA